CUGAGUGGGCGUUCCUUAUGAAAACGUCGUUCUCUGAUUGGACGAAAGUGUGUGACGUGUGACCCAAACAAGGAAGUUUACUGCCGCGAAUAUUCGAAGCCACACCAACAUGGCUGAGAAUCCCGCAAAGUCAAAACUAAGUAAAAGGAAGUAUUUUGCCAAAGAUGUGACGGAAAAAACCUCCAGUGGCCCUGCGGGGAUGAAGCAUGCAUUGAAAAACACUAAACAGACCAGGUCAGUCGAUUUUGAAUCAGCAUGGUGGAACGCAAAUAAUCUAUCUACUGUGGAUAAUCUUUGGGUGUUGACUCUCAAGUCUGCUAUCCCGUACCUGGAUAACCAACAUUGGGAUCAAGUUCCUGAUCUUCCUCCGCCAUCUUCAGCAGGAACCUCAUCUCCCCAGUUAGUGGAGCAUCACUGGUGUGACUUCAGUGCCGAGGUUCCUCCCUUCCCUCAAUCACGUCCACCUCCGGCAUCUCAAAGUCCAGACCCUCUCCAUCCCAACACUCCCCAACCGACCAAACCCGGAACAGACACUGCUGACUCAUCAUUUUCCUCUCUCAUUUGUCAAGUGCAAGAGCAUCAAGCUUCUGUACACACUGGCUCCAAAAAAGAUGAUCCAUCUCCUACAUUAGCUGUUUCCUCAAGUGCCAGAGAAGAGGAGGGAAGAAAAGAAGAAGAGAAAACGGAGACACGUGUCAACUUCUUAGGCAGUCACCCCCUGGGGAAGGAAGAAGAAAUCAGCGAGGAGAUGAUGGGGACUGAAGAGGAUGUGGAAGUGAAGCAUGGUGACACAAAAAGUGGAGCGAUGGCAGAAGAGAAGCUGAAUAGCUGCCCUAUGUGCCUGCAGGUGUUCCCUGUUGGCUUCUCCCAGAUGGACUGCGAUGGCCACCUCGCUCAGUGUCUGUCAGAAAUGAACAUGGACAUGACCUGGUGACCUCCAAGAAGCCCACAUGAGCACAUUGCACUGUGCACCAAACUAAAGAGAUUUUCUGUGUGGAAGAUGCAUUAAAAAAAAAACUACAGUCAGUCAAAGCAUCACCCGUUUUGUUUUCAACAAAACAGACGCAAACAGUUGACAGAAAACCAGUAUCGUUUUUAAUUAUUACACAUAUUUACAAAGAUGCUGUGAAGCAAAAUAACAUCUAUCCAACCAGCAUUGACUCCAAACAAAUUUGUCAACAUUAAAAAGUAUUUUUUGUAAAAUAAGGGGUGCCUUCUUUAGGUACCUUGGUUAGUGCUUCAGUGACCCAAACAUCCAUUAUUGGUCCCUCAAUAAACUGAUGGGAAUAAAUGAGAUCAUGAUACAGGAAGAUUGCUUGAAUGUCUACAUUUGCAGCUAUUUCAAGUUCAUGUGUGUGUGUGUGUGUGUGUUCAGUGUCGUUAUAACUGCUUCAUUAUCUCUGCUCACUCUUCCUCGCUCCACGUCAGGGCCUGCAGCUAAAUGAAAACUUUGACACCGGAUCAGCUAAUUAAUCCUGUUAUGUAGUUAUCAAAAUAAUCAUGUGUCAAAUCUCAUUAAAUAAUUAUCAGCCAAGUGCGAACAUUUCCGU